GCUUUCAAUCGCGUCAUCCCGCUGCUUCCAUGCGGGUGACAUCUGCAGCCAAGGCCAUCUACCGAACCAUUCAGGGUCCAGAAGCCGCUGGCAAUCGACUUUCUCGAAUCUUGAAAUUGUUUGUUCGACCAACGUCACAAAACGUACGCACGUUGAUGCUGUCGCCUUUGCGUACCUUCACGCGCGCAAUCCCUCCUGUCAGGUCCUAUGGAGUUGCACUGCACCGUCGUACCCUCCUGACUCUCGCUAUAGAGACGUCGUGCGAUGACACAUCGGUUGCCAUCGUCGAGAAACACAAAGAUGCUUCGGCAACGCUUCAUUUCCACAAGAAAGUGACUGCCAACACAGCCGCCUACAAUGGCAUCCACCCUGUCGUCGCUCUGGAGUCUCAUCAGUCCUCACUCGCGCCACUGCUGCAAGAAGCACUGACCCAUCUGCCCCCAUCCCAAGUGGACUCGGACCCUCGCCGCACCUUGUACCAUGGAACCACCUCGCGCAUGAAGCCGGACUUCAUCUCCGCUACAAGAGGCCCUGGUAUGCGCUCGAACCUGUCUGUUGGUUUGGACGCUGGUAAAGCACUAGCAGUGGCUUGGGACAUCCCCGUGCUAGGCAUUCAUCACAUGCAGGCCCACGCCUUGACUCCGCGUCUGGUUUCUGCACUCGAAUCGCGUCCUGCCUCUGGCCCGAACUUUCCCUUCUUGAGCGCCCUUGUAUCCGGAGGCCACUCUAUGUUGAUCGAAUCUACUGGCUUGACAGAUCAUAGGAUACUAGCCACAACUGGCGACAUUGCUCUUGGAGACUGUCUGGACAAGGCCGCGCGAGCAAUCCUGCCGCCGCAUCUGGUUGUACCUCCUUACGGGAGGGCACUUGAACGAUUCGCCUUUCCUGGAGGUGCAUCGGACUACCACUACACAGCACCUGCAAAGCGAGACGUUGAGCUCGCACGAAGAGUCACGAAAUGGGGCUGGGGUCUAGGUGCACCGUUAGCCGAAAGCAAGAACGGCAGUAGCAGUCGCAAGAUGGUCUAUUCUUUCUCGGGUCUCUUGAGCAGCAUUGAACGCUUUGUGAAGUAUGAAUUCGAUCACCAGACUUCCACCAUAUCCAGACGCUUGCGCCAGCCUGGUCAACUCUCCAACGAUGAGCGCCGUGACAUGGCCAGAGAAGUCAUGCGUGUGGCUUUCGAGCAUCUCGCCUCGCGCGUCUUACUGUACUUGUCCUCCCUUCCAUCUCAAGAGGCUGCCAAGGUCAGUUCGGUAGUCGUCUCGGGUGGUGUGGCAGCGAACUCUUUCUUGCGCCAUGUGAUGCGCUCCUUCCUCGACGUCAGAGGCUAUCAGCACGUCGAAUUGUGGUUUCCACCCAUUGAGCUUUGCACAGACAAUGCGGCUAUGAUAGGCUGGGCGGGCAUCGAGAUGUGGGAGGCAGGGUGGAGGUCGCAACUAUCGGUGCGUCCGAUCAAAACUUGGUCCAUGGAUCCGAGCGCUGACGAUGGGGGCAUCUUGGGUGUGGAAGGGUGGCUGGAAUUAUAGAUCGUGUAUGGUAUCGUCACUGUGUGUUUCUUGGUGAAAGCUCGUUUUGUCGUGGUGUUUAUUUUGCCUUCUGGGGUGCGUCCUUAGCUUGGAGCGCUGCAACCUGUUUGGCCAGUUCGGCGAAGAAGUUUUGUCCGUUGCCCAUGCAGGCCGGGUCUCCAAUGGGAGCACUACCGCUCUGCUCGACCUUCUUCAGUGAGCCUUCCUCUUUCGCUUGCGUCGCAGCAGGAGUGCUUUUCUCUUUCUUUGUUGGCGCAGCAGGAGCUUUCUGCGCUGCCGCUCUGGCAGCCCAGACGUUGCCUGCAGGCACGGGAGUUGGAGCAGGUGAUGCGGCAGGCUUCGCAGGUGCCGCAGCCGAAGAUGUAGGAGCGGGCGAGGCGUUCGAAGAUCGGGAUUGAGGUGUGCGUGCUGCUCCUCCACGAGGUC